AUGAGGUUAAAAUACCCCAGGGACCUUUCUCUCAGUAUGGCGUCUUUCUCUCUAAAGAUAAUUGGCGUUUGGUUAUCUAAUAGUUACUUUGAACAAUGGUUUAGAAAUGUUAUGGUGGUGUAUACCAUUUCUAUGCUCGCUAUCUGUUUGUGUAUUCAUUUAUGGGGCCUUUAUUUCUCCUGGGAUGACUUUAAGGUCUUCUCAUACAUUUCGUCUAAUAGCGUGGGACUGAUUAUGGAUAUUUUCAAAUUCCUUGUGAUACUUCUAUAUAAGAAAAAGUUUCUCAGUUUAAUCACGUACAUGCAAACAAAUUUUUGGCAUUUAAAUUACGAUGAGUACGAAAAAUCUAUUAUAGAAAAUGCGAAGCACAUAUGCAUUUAUUUUGUCGGCGUUCAAUCAUUUUUUUCUCAAAUUACAAUCUUUUCCUACAUAAUAAGACCACUUUUAUCAAAUAUUGGAAAAAACGAAACAGAUAGGAUAUUCAUAUUUAAUAUGUAUAUCGAUAUGCCAAUAUAUAUAUCACCAUAUUAUGAAAUUAUUUAUUUAAUACAGGCUUUAUCUUUGUACCAGGCUGGAAUAUGUUAUAUUUCUUUCGACAAUAUAUUUUUCAUUAUGUGCAAACACUUAGCUAGCCAGUUUCGUAUAUUACGAUACAGAAUAGUCGAAAUGCCAAAUUUGAAGGUUAGAGUGAAUCUCGACGAAAAUGUAAACACAUGUCCUUCAAGCAAAUAUUACAAUACGUUUAGAAGUUGCAUUCAACAGCAUCAGUCUCUCAUCGAUGUUUGUGCUAAGCUCGAAGAAGUAUUCGCAGUAAUUAUACUCGGACAAGUGUCAAUAUUUAGCAUAUUGAUUUGUUUCAUCGGAUAUCAAGUAAUUUUGGCGAACCUGUCACUUUCAUGGAGAAUUUCUUUCAUAUGUUUCCUAUUAAACAACAUAUGUCAACUAUGGAUGUUCACGUACAGUUGCAAUUCCAUAAUGCAAGAGAGCGCUAACAUCGUAUCGGCCGUUUACGCGACCCCGUGGAUAAACUUAUCAAUGGAUAAAUAUGGAAAAAUGAUACGAAAAGAUUUGCAACUCGUUACCAUGAGGUCGCUACGUGCGUGUUGCUUGACCGCCUACGGCUUCUUUCCUAUAUCCCUUGAGACUUGUACCAAGAUCAUCAGUACUGCUAUGUCGUAUUUCACCCUAUUGAAACAACGUAUCAUGGACAUAGCUGAUACGUAA